AUGAUACCUGCAUUGACACACUGGCAAAGUCCGAAUUUUUAUGCAUACUUCCCUGCAGGGUUGAGCACUGCAUCAUUUCUAGGGGAGAUGUUGAGUAGUGGGUUUGCUAUUGUCAAUCUCCAUUGGAUGACAUCGCCUGCUGCCACUGAACUUGAAACCAUAGUCUGUGAUUGGCUUGGAAAAAUUGUCAACCUUCCUGAUUCUUUUCUCUCAUGGUCUGGUGGUGGUGGGGUUAUUCAAGGAUCAGCAAGUGAGACAGUUUUGGUGUCAUUAAUAGCUGCAAGGAACAAGGCUCUAAAGAAAUUUGGUGUGGAUUCAGUUGAUAAGCUUUUAGUUUAUGUAUCAGAUCAAACACAUUGUUCAAUUGAAAAAGGCUGCAAAAUUGCAGGAAUAUGUGAAAAUAAUGUUAGAGUGAUAGCAACAAGUUGUUCCACAAAGUAUGAGCUUUCUCCAAAACAUGCUCAUGAUUGCAUAUUGAAAGAUAUUAGUGUUGGUUUACAUCCAACAUUUUUAUGUGCUAUACUUACAAUUUCAGAUUGGAACACAUCAUCAACAAGUGUGGAUCCUUUACAAGGACUAUCUCAAAUAACUCGAGAACAUGACAUGUGGUUGCAUGUGGAUGGUGUAAGGAAAGCUACGGUGCGGAAAUGCUCUCCUAAUGCCAAUUCGCAGAGGAUGUAA